AUGGAGAUGAGAAAGGAAUAUUUAAAACACCUUGAAACGCACAAGAAACAAGGUUUAUACAAGUGCACUUGGCCCACAUGUGGAAAGAAAUUCCCUACCUCAAAGGGACUUCGAGAGCAUUACGAAAAACAUCAAACUAAACCUCAAUGUGAAAUUUGUGGCAAAUUCUAUUCUUCUAUGCGGUCACUACGAUUCCACAAGCGGACAUAUCACGCUAUUAUGGGUGUGGAAAAGUAUGAGUGUCCACAUGCCGAUUGUAAUGCGAUCACCCGGAAUAAAGCCGAAUAUGACAAACAUUUCCAAAGGCACAAAAAACCAUUUCGCUAUCAAUGCAAACAACCCAGUUGUCCAACGGGAGGAAAUCCGCAGUUGGGACAUACUUUGACAGACACACGAAACCAUCAUUUUGCCGGUCAAAGUUCAGUAGAUCAACAAGAUUGCUCAAAUGAUGUACAUCCUUCAGAAAACUUUAUCAACCUCGACAAGCCCGAUGGUAACAUCUUCAACGGUCUUAACAUCCCCGACAAUGUUGUUGUUGACAUAGAAGAUAUUGACAUCGAAGAUGUUAUUGACAUCCCCGACGACGUUAACAUCCUCGACGACUUUGAAAUAUUUUGCCACAAAUGA